AUGGUACCAGGCAACAAAACACAAAUUUCAGAAUUUAUUCUUCUGGGAUUUUCAGAGGAACCAGCACUGCAGCCCAUCAUAUUUGGGCUUUUCCUCUCCAUGUAUCUGAUCACUGUGGUUGGAAACCUGCUCAUCAUCCUGGCCGUCAACUCAGACCCCCAGCUCCACACCCCCAUGUACUUCUUCCUCUCCAACCUGUCCUUUGUAGACAUCUGCUUCACCUCCAUCACCAUCCCUAAGAUGCUGGUGAACAUACAAACACAAAGCAAAGUCAUUUCCUAUGAAGACUGCUUCACUCAGAUAUAUUUUUUCCUACUAUUUGUACAGUUGGAUGACUUCCUCCUGACUGUCAUGUCAUAUGACCGGUAUGUGGCCAUCUGUCACCCCCUGCACUACACAGUCAUCAUGAACCCUCGACUGUGUACACUGCUGGUACUGGUGUCCUGGAUGAUAGGAGCCCUAAAUUCCCUGUUACAAACUUUACUGGCCCUGCACCUGUCUUUCUGUACAGUCUUGGAAAUCCCCCACUUCUUCUGUGAAUUCAAAGAGGUGAUACAACUUGCCAGUUCUGAUACCUUUUUUAAUAACAUGAUGAUCUAUCUUGCAAUUUUCCUACUCGGUAGUGGUCCUUUUGCUGGGAUUGUUUACUCUUACUCUAAAAUAGUUUCCUGCAUAUGUAGAAUCUCAUCUGCUCAGGGGAAGUCUAAAGCAUUCUCCACCUGUGCAUCUCACCUCUCCAUUGUCUCCUUGUUCUAUUGUACGAGCCUAGGAUUGUACCUUAGCUCUGCUGCUACCCACAGCUCACAUUCAAGUGCAAUAGCCUCUGUGAUGUACACUGUGGUCACACCUAUGUUGAACCCCUUCAUCUAUAGUUUGAGGAACAACAACAUAAAGCAGGCUAUGACCACCACAAUAAAUCUAGUUAGCAUUUGUCAGCAUUCAUAUUACCUACAAGGCAUGGAACCACAAAAUAUUUCAGAAGUUUCAGAAUUUCUUCUCAUGGAAUUUUCAGAGGCACCUGAGCUGCAACCCCUCGUAUUUGGACUUUUUCUGUCCAUGUACCUGAUCACUGUGUUUGGAAACCUGCUUAUCAUCCUGGCUGUAAGCUCAGACUCCCACCUCCACACCCCCAUGUACUUCUUCCUCUCCAACCUGUCCUUUGUAGACAUCUGCUUCACUUCCACCACCAUCCCAAAGAUGCUGUGGAAUAUCCAGACACAGAACAAAUUGAUCACCUUUGAAGGCUGCAUCAUCCAAAUGUACUUUUACAUACUCUUUGCAAGUUUAGAUGAUUUUCUCCUUACUGUGAUGGCCUAUGACCGGUUUGUGGCCAUCUGUCACCCGUUGCACUACAUGGUCAUCAUGAACCCCCGACUCUGCGGUCUUCUGGUUCUGAUAUCUUGGAUAGUAGUUGUCUUUUUAUUUUAUUGCUCUGUCCUAGGAGUGCACCUUAACCCUGCCACUCCCCACAGUUCAAGUUCAGGUGCAGCAGCUUCAGUGAUGUACACGGUUGUCACACCCAUGCUGAACCCCUUUAUCUACAGUCUAAGGAAUAAAGACAUAAAGGGGGCUCUGAAGAGAUUCUAUGAAAUACUAGCUAUAAAAGGGCCAAUUGUCCUGGGGCUGAGGAAGUGUCAGUUAUUACAGCACUCAAAGCAUUAG